AUGGCCGAGAGAAUCAGCUCAGAAAGUGCCGGCGCAGGAACAGCCAACAAGUUUCAAAACGCCAUCUCACAAUGGAGGAAUCUCGACUUUACGGCGCUCGUUUCGAGCCUCGACAACACCGCAUCCGAAAUCGUGGCCUUUCAGCGAGAUUCGACGGUGCAGCGGAAGGACCUAGCGCAAAAAACCAAAGACUUCCGCAAAUUCGAUGAUGCAAGCAAGCUUACAGAAAUCAAGGGGUUGCUCAAGGCCUACCAAACCUUCAUUGACCUCCUGACGAACCACUCCAAGUCGGUCAACUCGGCCUUCUUACACGCAUACACAUCGCUGUCUGAGGCGCCAGAUCCGUAUCCGCUACUCGAGGCUUCGGUAGAUUCGAUGCUCCUCUCGGAGGACACACUGCCCAAGCUCACUGAAGAGAACCAACACCUGCAGGAGAACGUGUCCCGUCUGACGAGUCAGCUCGAGGAUACCGAGUCUCGGCUACAGACCGAACGGGACACGAGGAAGAAGCUGGAGGAGAACCUCGAGAGCAGGGUCAAGGAGGUGGAGGCAUCAUGGACCGCCGUGCUCGAGGAAAAUAAGGGCAACUGGUCAGCCAAGGAAAAGGCGCUGGCGGACAAGAUUGAGAACCAAGAUCGCCUGCUCAACGAAAUCAAGGCUAGUUACGAGGUUAAUCAGAGGUUGGGAAAGUCAGACGAUGCAGAGGAAAGCCGAGGGCAUGUCACCAGCGCCGAGCUGGAGAUGGUGCACUCUGACCUGGAACGCACCAGUGCACGGCUCGCAGAGAUGGAGGCCCGCAACGAACAGUUACGCCUUGAGCUGGCACAAGCCAAGUCACAAGUGCCGACUCAGCCCUCGAUAAACCUGGAGGAUGACCCCGGCUAUAUGCGGGUGAGGUCAGAGAACUCGUCUCUCAUCCGAAAACUUGACGCGGCAAGGGUAGAAAAGGAGAGUCUGAAAAGGGAUUGGGAUGCUAAACUCCGUGGGCUAGAAAGAGAGGUUGGGCUGCUCAGGAAGGAAAGGGACAGCCUCAAAUCGAAGGUGCAAAAGUGGAGCGAUUACGACGAAGUCAAACAGGAACUCGAUGUCCUCAAGAGCAUCGAGUUUGCGGCGGGAGAAGAUGACGAAAGGCGUGAUGCCGCCGACGACCAGGACGGAGCUGGAGCCGCGGGCAAGGGGGACACACUCGAGCAGCUACUCCUCUCCCGCAACAAGAAGCUCAGCGACGAGCUCACCAUCUUGCGCGUGUCACGUCAAGACCUGCAGAGCAGACUGCAGAACUUGCAAGAAGAACUAUCUCGAACAAACGCCGAGCUUGAGAAAUCGCAGAACCUCAACGAGAAGCUCGAAAACGAGCUUUCGACCAUCCAAGCCGAGGCUCCCAACCCCUUUCCCUCAGGCGCUUCCGUCGCAGGCACCUACGUAAGCCGUUACGCGCCGUCCAUAGCGCCCGGUCGCAAGGGAGGGCGAACAUCCCCUACCUCGUCCAUCAUCAGCGGCUUCAACCCUCGCGACCUAGCCGACGACAGGCCGAUGGGCGGGGGCUCGGGCAUCCUGCCCAUGAUCACAGCCCAGCGGGACCGCUUCAAGAAGCGCAACGCCCAGCUGGAGCAGGAGCUCUCGGAAACGCACCGCACCGUGUCCCAGCUCCGGCAAGAGAUCGCCGCCUUACAGCGUGACAACCUCAACCUCUACGAAAAGACGCGCUACGUAUCCACUUACAACCGCGCCGCCGGCGGGACCGCAGCCACGACGUCGUCCUCGUCCGCCUUCGCCGCCAACCCCAACCCCUCCUCCGUCUCCAUCACCUCCCCGACCACCGCCACCGCCGCCGGCGGCGGCAUACCGUCCCUAGACCGCUACCGCAAGGCGUACGAGUCCAACCUGUCGCCCUUUGCCGCCUUUCGCGGCCGUGAGUCGGCCCGCGCGUACAAGCGCAUGAGCCUGCCUGAGCGCGUGGUCUACACGGUCACGCGCAUGGUGCUGGCCACGCGGACCAGCAGGAAUCUGUUUGCCGCGUACUGUGUCGCGCUGCACCUCUUGGUCUUCUUCUCGCUGUACUCGAUGGCCGCCGCCGAGGCGGACCGGCACAUUCUGGCCGGCGGGGCGGCGGCGGCUAUGGCUGCGCAUGCUGCGCGGGUCGGGGAGAAGGAUGGGUUGAGUGGGUGA